AUGAGGCCCGCUUCCAGAUUGAGAAAGCACAGAGAGCGGCUGGCUUGUUCAGCAUGUCGGCAAAGGAAGCUCAAGUGUGACCGUGAAAGUCCCUGUGGCAGCUGUAUCCGAAGGAGAGAUGUUGCAUCCUGCUCCUACGAAGUGUCCGUCGAUGACCGCCUCCGCCACACACAGGCCCAAGCACGGCUUGAACAUCUGGAGCACCUCGUGGGAUUGCUCGCGGAACAGCGUUCAGCUCCCACUAUUGGAGUUCAGAAUGGGACUCCGGCUGCUGAGUUGUCACACGAUUCGGACACUGCGGAACAAACAAUCGCAUCUUCGUCUUCUUGCUCCGACCAGGUUGCAAGCGGUGCAACACACUGGUCAGCUAUGCUGGAUGAUAUACAAGCUCUCAGGUCCACGCUCGAUCCUCUUGAGGGCAAUGACAUAGGUGAAGGAGACAUAAGUGCUCCUCCAACAAACGCUGGAAUGGGAAUGGACAUCUUGUUCGGCGCUGGCCUUUCACAAAACGUCAGUGUCGAACAAGUACUCAAUACCUAUCUCCCAUCGCGAAGGAGCACCGACCGCCUAGUAUCCGCAUAUUUCCGUGCUCGAUUAUACGUCACGCCGUAUAUACAUUCCGUGCAAUUUCAGAGACAGUACGAGGCUUUCUGGAGCGAUCCUAGUGCAGCCUCACCACUUUGGAUAUCGAUCCUCUUUUCAAUGCUGUUCAUCUCUGCCAAUAUAUCCCGAACGGGCAAGGAAAAUGAGAUACCAGGGCAUGGAUUUACAAUUGCUGCUGCACAGUGUCUCGCUCUGGGCGAGUAUUUCCGCCCCAAGACCUUCUGCUUUGAGGCACUCCUGCUUUAUCUUCAUUCACGUUUUAUAACCUGUCUGGAAAUAUCUCCAGAUAUGGGAGCUCUUCUUAGCGUGCUUGCCCACAUUGCCACGGUUUCGGGCUAUCACAGAGAGAGUAGCGUUCUGAAUCCCUUCAUGGCAGAGAUGCGACGCAGGGCAUGGAGUUCGUUCAUGCAGCUUGACCUUUUGGUGUCAUUUCAUUUGGGUGUUCCGUCGAGAAUCACAUUAGCAAUCUCAGACACACGGGCUCCAAGCAAUCUUCUUGACUCCGAUUUCGAUGAACACAGCGCUCAGCUGCCCUCCUCACGACCGGAUUCUGAGUUGACUGGUGUGACAUUUUCCAUUCUCAAGCACAAAUUCAUGACAAUAUUCGAUAAGAUUCUCCAAAAUGCGCUAGUAAAUUCUUCACACGAGGCAACAGACGCUCGCAUUGACCCUUUAGAUACCGAGCUCAAAGACUUAUACGGAAGCCUGCCGGAGGUAUAUCGACCUCGGCCAAUCGAGAAUUGUAUCAUCGAUCAUCCUCAACUCAUUGUUGCUCGCCUUUGUAUCUCUUCUAUAUACUACAAAAGCCUAUGUGUUCUUCAUCGUCCGCAUGUAACCAGACAUCGAGACAAGAGCAUUCGAGAAAGCUACUCAGCAUCAUCCGCUCUGGUAACUGACCUCCUACAAGUCUAUGAGGAGUGCAAGCCAGGAGGCCAGCUGCAUACCGAGGAGUGGUUCAUGAAGAGUAUCACUUGGCAUGACUUCUUACUCGGUGUAACCACAUUGUGUCUUGUGGCGCACGCAACAAUUCACACCUCGGAGGGAUUUCAUAUUGACCAACUGGGUGUACAGCGUCUGUUGGAAAGAGUCAGGAUAAUGAUUCAAACUGAAAAAUCGGAAGAUGGAGCAAGGGCUCGGUCCAGAGUUUUAUCGAUAGCGGAAGCUACAGCUUCUCGGUUAAAGGCGCAACAAAGCAGUGGAGGCAUGGAAAUAAGAGCCGAUCCAGCCAUCAGCUCUAUACAGGCGUCAUCAAGUGGAACAGAGGCAAGGAGUUGGAACCUGGGGGAGGCCCAGGUACAGCACGAAACUAACUGGGACUAUCUCAACGAGCUGUUCGAUACCCCUCACCAUGAGAUAUUUACCACAUCGGAAGUAUAA